GCAGCACUGCCAGCUGGCAGCUACAGCUGAUUUUACGCUUAAAAAUCCUUAUGCAAGCGCCAAAAUCAUAAAUGUUCGCUUAAAAUUAAUACGUUACAACCAAGCAAUGUGGCUAUUACGGACGUUUCAUGUCGCACGAUUGCCCUGUAGGAGCGCCGUGGCUACAGUCAUUCCGCGGAGGAGCCAGCACAGUUCGGCCCACGAGGACGCCGCCUUCACGGAAUGGCGAACUAUUUACAGCCUGCCAGGAAUACGACUCGUGGCCGCCCUCAGUAAGCUGAAAGUUUAUCAGGCGGUCAUCACAGCGGCCGGUAUGCCCAUUGCCUUUGCUCUGGGGCAUGCCGGACAGGUGACAACGGACGCACUGGGCAUUUACGCUGCCAUCGGUGUAAGUGGCCUGGCCACCCUUACCAUCGCCAGCUAUGCUGCCACGAACCUCGUCGGCUUCAUCUAUGUCAACGAGCAGCAGGAUCUGCUGAAGCUCGCCUACGUGGACUUCUGGGGCCGACGAAAAGAGACCUUGGUGGACCCGGGAGAUCUGCUCCCAAGCUGGGAGCAGCGGACUCCGUCUCGGCUGAGAUUCGUGUCGCCCAUCUGUCUGCGGAGCGAUCCUAGCCGGCGCUACAAGUUGCUAAGUCGACUCGGUUUUGUCAGCGAUCCCCAGUUGUUCGAGGGUCUUUUUGGGGACUGAUUAUAGGACUAAGUGUUUUAUAUAGAUUAGGUUUAAUUAAAUAUUUUUCACAACAUAAA